AUGCCUCAGACUAUUGAAGCGCAAGCGUUUUUAGAACGUAUUACCUCCGGGAUCUCUCUUGAUGAAGUCUUGAAGCCAUCGCUCGACGAUGAGGCAGAGCUUCGCCGUCUUUUCGCGACCGACAAAACCAACGAACGGCUCAACAACCCUUGCGUAGGACUCGUGAACGUAUUCGAUGCGCCGAAAGGCACCAUUUCAGUAACGCGUGCAAGAGAAGUCAAGAACGCGGAGGAUUUGACGGCAAAGUACAUCAUGCCACUCACCGAAGAGAAUCGUCGACAGAGUGGUGAUCCUUACAUGGUCCCUGACAUGGAGACGUUCAAGAAGAACUGGUCCAUCUUUACCGAAGGCUCUCUCUCUCAGCUAUUGGAUUGGAGCAAUGUCGUCGCAGCAGGUGGCUCUGUACUCGCUUCCUUAACACCCCUGCCAGAGUCUGCUACUGUAUCCAAGUGUGCUACGAGGAAGUUCUACCAUUCUAAUGCAGUAUCCGACUUCAGAUGUGGAUCUGUUUCUUUGGGUGCGGGACUCAGUUCCUUGGGAUGUUACAUGUAUUCGGACGAAGCAUACCAGUUUCCAUCCAUUCCCAAUACCCCUAUCGUUCAGGUUCAAAUUGUUCUUCGCUUAUAUAGCUCUCCCUCAGAAAUCCUCACUGGAUUUGAUAUUGAUGCACCCUGUUGUGCUUAUGAUGGUGAACAUGUUUGGGCCAACCCAUGGGCAAUCAUUGCCAUGAUUCAUGAUUUCGAGGUAUAUGUUCCCACUCUCAGGCAUGAAGAUAUUGAUCCAACAAUUUUCGAACACUCAAUCGCCCGAAUACAGGGUCUCACUUGGCUAUUGGUGCUUGAAAAGAUAAAGGAUGGCCAGACCCAUGAUUCAUUCCUCCAAUCUCGCCGUUCACUUUGUAGUCAUCUGGACGCCAACCAGGGAUACUACAGGAGAAAGCGCAAGUACAAGGAGGACCUCAAGAGCGUAGAGACUAUUUCAGGACUGGAGAAUGAUUAUGAUACAGAUUUAGGCAUGAACUCUACCUUUAAUCCCAAAAAUAAAGGAAGGCAUCUCCAUCGACAUGCUGCUUUCUUUGGAACAGUCAAUGAAUGUCUCAAUGACUGCUGUGAGUGCUGCCCCGAUCCGAUUGACGAGGAUGAACGUGCUCUUCGGGAAGAAGAGGACAAGCAAUACGUCCGAGGUCGUAUUUCAUUUAUUGAAGAAGACCCAGGUCGUCAAAGCAUGUCGGGAAGUUUUAAUCCAAUAGACGUAGGCGAAUGGAGCGAACAAGUCUACAUUGGACCCACUGACAAGUUCUUCGCCGCCAUCGCCGCUGGUGACCGAGAAGCUGUUGCAAAUCUACUCCAGGAACAAGGAAUGGACGUCAACCGCCGAGAUCAUGUUGGACGCACAGCACUACAUGUUGCAAUCCUGUGCAAGGCAACUGAUAUCGCAUGUGAACUCAUCUCUGCUGGAGCAAGGAUGUCCGCUCGAUUAGUAGACGGGCGAUCUGCUUUACAUUUGGCCGCGCAGUACGACCUUCUUCCGGUAUUAAAAAAACUGUUGGAAUACAGCGCUAAAAAUGAGACGGUGGUCAAGGAGGAGGAAGCUGACGAAGCUGUUGCUGCAGAAAGGCCGUCCUCUGAGGACGACUGGACCUCGGAAGACGACGGUGUAGUGUCGCUAGGCGACGAAGAUGACGGCGGCGGCGAAGAUAGUAAUAGCGACAACGAAGACGGGGAUAGCGGGGAGGAAGAUGGCGACGAAAUAGACGAACGUCAAAGUAGCAACCCCGUCAAAGAAGAACUCACGAAUGCACUUGAAGAGGAGCAAAAUACACCCGACGUCUUAGACGUCAAUUCCCCUGACUGGGACUUGGAUUUUACCCCUUUGGACUUUGCCAUUCUCUUUGCUUCAGCAGAUAUGGUAGAAGCCCUCUUGGAUGCUGGUGCCGACAUCGCGAAAUCGUCGAAAGCCCAAUAUCAUGGCGCUCCUCCCUUGCAUCCCCUCAUCCUGACCAUCUUGAGGGACGAUGAAGACAUAGCUUGCAACAUUGCGGAGAGAUUGCUAAAAGCAGGAGCCGUUUCUUCCACUGUAAAUGACGGAAUGCGCACCACAUUCUAUGAGGCCGUUGCUGCUGGAAGAACUAAACUAGUGUCGAUCCUUCUUCAAUUAGAUCCCAAGGCCACCUCCGUCUUGAACUUCCCUUUCAUUCAGUGGAAUCAGGUUAAAUUCCCGCUCUCAAUUGUCCUUUCCCAUAAAGACUAUGCUACCUUGGCAGUUCUUCUUGCCCACGAAGCGAAGUUCAACUUCGCCGAAGAAGAUAUUUCUCAAGCGCAACUAGCGUUAUCACAAACAACUCGUCGACGAAUAUACAGCGCCGCCGAGACCUUCAAGAAUGUCGUGGCACCAAUCGAAAUUGCACUGGCUGAGCGCGACGAUAUUCUUAAGUUUCUCAUUGCCAACAAGUACAGCCUGUUGGAUUGGGUCCGUUUCGGGCAAUCGUGGUUGAGCAAACAAAUCCAAGCCAUCGAUGAAUCAAAUGAGGUGUCUGCUCAAGCUGAGACUCACAAAACUUGGUGCGGGUUCCGCGACCAACUGUUCGCGGACUUGAAACAGGCCGCUGUUGGAUCCCAUAGGAAGGAUGGACGCGAUGAAGAACGCUUUAACUACCUCAAUGCCAAAGGUUAUCUCGUUGACACGGAGUCCUUCUUGUUGUCUAGAGGUGCUAAGACCUGGAACGAGAUAUUUCCGAACAAGCCAAUUACGAACAAAGACUCCGACUCAGAUUCCUCGGAAAACUCAGCAGAUAAAGAAAGAUACUGCGAGUUAUUAGCUACCUAUUACCGACAUGACUACAUACCUGCAAGUUUGAAUGCCUCGUAUGAUGAUCUUUACGAGGCUUGCUUCAAAGGGGACAAUGACAAAAUACUGCAGCUCUGUCUACCCCCAGAAGGUUCUGAAAUCACAAGCACGCUUCUUUCUAUGUCUGUUUAUGUCGUCAACCCAACGUCAAAAUGGUCGGCUACUGGAUACACUCCCCUGUUUUCCGCCGUUAUGGGACGCCAUUGGGAUACUGUUCAGCUAGUAUACUCCAUCGUUGGUGCCCAGUAUCAGCCAAAAGAGAAAACGAAGAAGUUCAAGCCUCAAAGGAUCGCCCUAGAGGAUGAUGACUCUGAUGUAGACUCUGAUUAUUCCGACGAUACUGUUGAUCAGGAUGAGCCCAUAUUCAUCGACGUCGCAUCUCGACCCUCUGUUAUCAAAAGCGAGAUUUCACAAAAGGUGUUUUUAGAAACAUCUGCAGAGCUUCCUCCAAACAGAGACGAUAGCACAUAAUCAAAUGGUCACAAAACACUCGUUGCAUGGGCCAUUGCAACAGACGACAUGGAGGCUUUCACCCAUUUCACGAAACUAUACAGACUUGCGAAGGACGAGCCAAUUGAUGUCUAUGACCGCAUCCUGACCGAAAUCGUCCAGUGUGAUCAGUCCAGACAUGCUCGAUAUGUGUAUCCGUCGGAGUGGUCAAGGCAUCUCUUUCGUUUCAGCUCAUAGCGAGGAGGAGGAAGGAUGUCAUCGUAUCGUAAACUGACAAGACUCGCGUCUACCUGGGCCUCAACGUUCAUGGAAAGAAGAGGAAGGACCUUCGCUGAGGAAAGGCGAUCCCAAUGCUGUUGGACAAGAGGAAGACCUUAUGCCCCUCCUUUGGUGGGCAGGCGUUGGCUGGCCACUGAAAGUGGUACAGUAUCUAGGUAGCGA